UUACUAUUACCAUAGCAACAGGUUAGGACCGCAACAAGAGGAGGCAAGGAAGUCCCUCCUUGCUUUGACUUAAUAAAUAACUGUUAAAGAAAAAAUUCUGGCAAAUAUGAAGACCUCGGAGGAUGCAAAAGACAAAAACACGGAGCAGAUGGCGGCAUGUCUAAAAUCAUUCAUGCUGAAGAGCAGCACAAAAACUAACCUCAACCUCUAUGAUCACCUUGCCCGGUUGCUUCAUAAGAUUCUGGAUGAGCGUCCCGAAAAUGCAGUUGACGUGUUAGAGGACAUGAGCCGGGAUUUGAAGCGAAGCUUGAUGCAGGAGAAGCAGAGUGCCUUGCGAGAUACGCCAUUCAGUUCUGCACAGCAGGAUCUUGCUGAACUACAACGGAUACUGUUUGCACGCCAGCCAAGUGACGAUGGGGAUCACGACGAAGAACUGGUUGAGGCCCCAAUACCCAAUGUGGCAGAACUGGCGUUUUACCUGGAGCAGGCUGGUGUAGGGAUGGAGAAGGAGGAGAUGCAGAGGAUCUUCUUGGCACUGAAGCAUCUGGUCGACACGCAGCCCCUGCAGCACUGCCGCCUCUGGGGCAAAAUCUUGGGCACAGAGGCCAACUACCUGGUAGCAGAGGUGGAGUUGAGAGAGGGUGAGGAAGAGGAAGAGGAGGAGGGUGCGGAGGAAGCGGCAGACGAAGAAGAAAAGGAGCCACGUGACGAGGAAGAAGGAGAAGUUGUGGAAGUGGUGGACCCCCUUCCAAAAUCUGCACAUAAACCCCCAUCAGUGGUGCCCAAGGAGGAAAAUCGAACUGGCACAAACAAGUACACAUACUUUGUUUGCCAAGAGCCUGGCUUACCUUGGGUCAAACUGCCCAGCGUCACCCCUGCCCAAAUCUCAGCUGCUCGACAGAUACGAAAGUUCUUCACAGGGCGCCUGAACACUCCAAUCAUCAGUUAUCCACCAUUUCCUGGCAACGAGGCCAACUACUUGCGGGCCCAAAUUGCACGUAUCUCUGCUAGCACACACGUCAGUCCUCUGGGAUACUUUCAGUUUGGGGAAGAGGAAGGUGAUGAUGAUGAUGACGGAGCACGUGCCAACUUUGAAGAGAACCCUGACUUUGAAGGCAUUCCUGUAACAGAGAUGGCAGAGUCAUUGUCCACAUGGGUGCAUCACGUUCAGCACAUCCUAACUCAGGGUCGCUGUGUCUGGGUCAACCUGGCCGAGAAACCUGCAGACGAGUUUGACGAAGAUGAGGAGGAAGAGCAGAGAGAAGAGGAGCCUGAUGAGCCGGAGCCUGAAGUGGGCCCUCCACUCCUGACCCCUCUGUCUGAGGACGCAGAAGUCAACAGCACCUCGCCAUGGACCAGUGGCUUAUCCUCAGCCCUCAUACCCCAGUUUGCCAUCGCUACUCUGCGCUCAAACCUCUGGCCAGGGGCCUACGCCUACGCCUGCGGGAAGAAAUUUGACAGCAUCUACAUCGGAUGGGGCAUGAAGAGCGCCGACUCCAAGUAUGGCUACAGCCCCACCAUGGUGCCAGGGCCUCAAGCGGAGUACACAAGCGGUGCGGAGGUCACAGAGUCCCUGGACCCCACUCUGGAGGAGGAGCUGGCCCUGAAAGCUGCCCUAGAGGAGCAGAGAGCCGCACAAGAGGAGGCCGAGGGUCUGGACGACGAAGAGGAAGAUGAUUGAAGAGGAGAGGAGCGCUACACAAACAUCUAGAGCAAUUUUUUUGUUUUCUAAAGAUGGCAACUAUACAUCUAUACCCCUAUUUUAAAUAAAUACUGGACUUCAGCACA